UUUAUUGCGUUGGGCUUAUACAUAAAGAUUUUAAAAUAUUGAAUAAUGUGCGUACGCGAAGUAUUUAGUGGAAUUUCGAAAACAAAUACCAUUUUCUCGAACUUUCGGGUAUACUAUUCUGCUUGCACUCAUUUCCAAGAGUUUACAAAAAAUUGAAACAUUUUCGAAAAUUGGAUUCUGAAAAUCGGAUUUGUAAUUUUGGAAAUAAAAAUUGUACUAAAAUUGAGAUAAGUUAAAAAAUAUUUAACCAUUUUGUUAAACAAAAUGAGACGAAUGGAGAUGAAAACUAUUUAAUUGUAAGCAGGAGAUAUUCGUAAUUAAUUUAAUUGCGUAGUGCGCACAGAUUAAAAACACGUGGUAAAUUAAAAACUGCACGGUUGAAAAUAAAAAUUGUACCAAAAUUGAGAUCAUUAAAAAAUAUUUAACCAUUUUGUUAAACAAAAUGAGACGAAAGUUAGUUAAGAAUCUCAACUUGAGAUCAUGGAUGGAUGGGAAAACGUGAGAAACCACCGAAUUCAUGUCAUGUGCUCAUAUCCGAACCAAAAAUCCACCACUGAACUUACUAAAGUGAGUGAAUGAAACGCAAAACAACAACUUUUUUUGCUGUAAUUUUAUCCACCUCGAUUAACUAAUUGUUACUUAAAUCCACUUAAAGUAAUAACUGCGCUGGAGGUGGUGAGCUGAUUAAUUAUGAGGGAGUGACGACGUCGACGACGAUAACAUCAUUAUCAUUAUGGCAAAGUCGAGUCGUUGGUGGCGACGAUUUCUGGCCGAGCACAAAUACGGUGUCGCCAUUGGAACAGGAGCAGCUAUCGGUGCUGGAGGGACGUUGGGCUGCAUUUAUUCGCUCAAAUGUAAGCUUCAAGAGACCGUUCCAGCCGAAAGUAGUCUUCUCGACGGCAAAGAUGUGCCCUAUAUUUAUGCCGUGGACCCAGAAGAGUCGAGCGCUUUCUUGAAGCAACAUUUCCCUCGUUGGUGGCCAGUUAGUUUCAUUGCAAGACCUAUUGCUUAUCAGCUAUUUGAAGAUAUUAGGAAAUCAAUUACUCAGAUUAAUGACGACUCGCUUAGAACGUUUGCCAAGUUUUCGUCCUUAUUUGAAUCUGAAUGUAACCACUUUUCGAUUUGCAUGGAUCUCAAGACUGCUGUCGCCCUUGCACGAUGCGGAGCAGAUCCUAGAUUAUUCAUUUCGCCGAGAGUGAUUACAAAAGAUCAUAAGGACUAUUACGGUAACAAGUUUCGUCAUUUAUUUUCCACCCUUCCAAAUGAAAACAUUCACGCUACGUUGGAGAGUUUGAUAUCGCGAGGCCUCAAGCAGUACCAUCCUACCGAGAAAGAACAAGAAGACAAAUCAUUGGAUUACUACACCGGAUUUGAAUCAGAUUUCCACCUGUCACAAAAUCCCGUCAAAGAAAUGAGCGAACACGAAUUUUUGAAGAUAUGCCUUCUCGGUGUCGUCAGUCACUCUCGCAUUCGUGAGAGCAUAUCCGAGCUUCUCUCGCAAGAUAUACUUGACCUGCUCGUCGUGAUAUCACGUGAGUAUCGCGACAGCGUGGAUAUCAUGUCGCUUGUUCUUAAGGUCUUGGCGAAUAUAUCCUGUGACACUUCGUCCGCCCAAUUGAUCAAAGAUACCGGUUGUCUAAAAAUCCUCGCGAUAUACGGCACUUCGCAUGACGUUAGAUUAGCUCUUCCGGCAAAACGUGCCCUUCAUAAUUUAGACCGACGCGGUACUAACUCCGUUCUUCCACCAGGAAUUUACCAACUGCAUCCUGAAUUUGGUUGUGAUGAUUGUUCUUCUCAAUACGACAUUGUCUUCAUUCACGGUCUUCUGGGUGGUAUAUUUCGUACCUGGCGACGUCACGACAUUAAUCCCAACAAGGACUUUUCCAAGACAGACAAGGACGAGCAUGAGACUAGAAUGUCCAUCUGGAAGGCUCGCAUACUCGAACUUCGGAGCAAAUCACCGCUUUUGUAUAAUCCGACCCCCAUCGCUAAUCCAGACGAAACAGUGGUUUAUCCAACUCGCAGGACGACGGAGGAUGGUCAAGUUAAAAUAGAUUGUGAGCAGCUUCCAUUAGAAUUGGACCAAGAAAUCGUUUCUACCCCGACGCAGUGUUGGCCGAGGGACUGGCUGCCGACUAACUGUCCCAAAAGUCGUAUCAUAGGAGUAGACUUUGAAAGUUUUGUUAGUCGCUGGAUGACAAUUUGUCCGAUUGAGACGGCAGAACGUCUACUAAAAGACAGGAGUGCAGAACUUCUCAAUAAAUUACAAGAUAUUGGAAUUGGACAAAGGCCCGUUGUUUUUGUGACACAUUCCAUGGGCGGACUACUCCUUAAAAGUUUACUAUGUCAAGCUGCCGAUAGUGAUGAUCCGGAAAGACAAAAGAUUGCAUCCAGUACAAAAGGUGUCGUAUUUUGCAGCGUGCCUCACCGAGGAACCGACAUGGCUGUGCUAAACACUGCUCGACGUUGGCUAUUGUUGCCUACUGAAGAGAUAGAUGAAUUGUCAGACGAGGACAAGCAGCUCACAAAUCUUAACGAAGCCUUCAUCGAACUAACAAAUCAGCAUAAUUAUAAAAUACUCAGUUUCGGAGAAGUUUUAGAAACUCGGACCGGUUUGGGCAUGCAAUUCAAAUUGGUACCGUUUUAUUCAUCCGACAUUGGUAUUGGUGACUACUACCCACUUCGGUUGGAUCAUCUAGGAACAUGUAAGCCUUGGAGUAGAGGGUCUUUCUUGUACGUGAAAACGGUGAAUUUUAUUAAAUCCGUGUGCCCCACGUGGACUCACCCUCCAGCGAAUCAACCCUCCGUUAACCUCAACCCCGUUUCAAAUUCUACCACCACUACCAAGACGAAUUCUGGAUACUUGAGCUACGCAAAUUCAAUCAUAUCUGUGCUAGAACCCGUGUCGCAUUUAUAUGACUGGAUUACCAACAUAUUUUACAAUACAGACGACGACAACUCGUCUUCUGGUCCCCUCCAUAAGAAUAAUAAUAACAAUAAUAAUCACGAUAAUAAUGGCAAUCUCAACAAUGGUACUCCUUCUAGUUCUAGUCCUAGUCAAUCAACCACAACUGCAACUACUGCUGGUGCCGACCAAGUCAAACUGAAAGAACAAUAAAAAAAACUUUACAUAAAUCAAA